AUGGGCCACGACGGACUUCUCCAUCGAAUUCGCCAGCGCGUGGUUCAUGGCCAUCAACGAGGAGGGAAAAUGAGCGAGCGCUCGCCGCCGAUGGAGACGCUAAUGAACCAGGCGGCGGCGGCAUCGGCAAAGAAUUCCACAAAAUCUCAAAACUGCCGCAUAGAGGUUAGGUAUUUGCAAUAUUUUGGAUGUGGGCGUCAUUCAUCGGUGAGGGUGGGGGCGGCGGCAAGCGGAGCGAUGGUGGUGUUUGGACGGUCGUGGACGGCACUGGUAGGCGGCGCUAGAGAGGUCGACGAGCUGCGGCGGUGGCGGCUAGGCGACGGACGAUGGUCAACCGAGGACGGUGCAAGAAGCAGUUCUGAUCGCGAUGGCGAAAAGAUGAGCCAUCUCAUGGUGUUAAGAGGGUUGUGGUCUACCGUACUCCACCUUCAAUUGGUUGUCGCCCUAUCGAUAUCUGAUGCUCCUCGACUUAGAAAAAGUCCUCAUGCAGAUGAACCCAUCGUCGUCGCCUUUCUCAACUUUACCAUAGGAGAGGGCCUUGUUAGCAAGAAUGGAGCUGUUGUUUCUACUGAAACUCUACCUGACUUGCUUAAGAAUGAGGAGGUUGUAGUCAAUGAAAUUGAUGAAGGUGAUGUUCACAUCAAGAUAGUCCCGAAGAAGAUCACUCCGUUGAAGACACAUGGCUCUGCUUUCACCUUCAAACUCACUGGUGUGGAUGCGAACAUUGGAUUUUUAGGUGUACUGAUAUUGAAGGAUCACAUUUUUUUGUUUAGGCAACCAAUUUCUCUUGCUUUCCAGUCAAUUUGCAAAGCAAAGUAUAAUAAUAAUAUGAACACGAAUAAAAACUCCAACGUGAGUCAAAAUGGAGACUACAGAAAUUCAAAAAAUAAAUCAGAAAAAAUAAAAAUCCCCUUCAUGUGCUCUCCCUCCUCCAGCUCCCACUGCCUCUCUUUACUUCUCCCACCACAUGCCAGUGGUCUUCGGCGGAGAGGAGAAGCCCUGGAUACCAAAAUCGAAUGCCCCAAGGUUGUACCUACAGUAAUUGGUAGUACUUCUCAAGUCGCGAUUUUAAAAGACGGGGAGAAAGAUCUAAUUGACCUUGAUUACGAACAAAGUCAUGACAGAAGCCCAGAUCUGGCCGUUGACGAAGAUCUCGUCGGCGUAGACCGGCGACGGCAUCCCGGAGAUCCUGGAGAUCUCCCCGCGAAAGCGAAUUCAAGUUCUCCGUUGUGCUCUUCCGACACCGUUUCCAGUAGAAUCCCCAAUUCUCCUCAAUUCUCCUCUCGCUGA